AUGAAUGAAGUUAAGGUGCGAAAGGUGAUUGAUGGCAUGAACAAACCAGAGCUGUGUCGUGCGGAUAUGGACGUGAUCGAUGAGAUCAACACACUCUUUCCGACCGAACAGUCAUUGUCACAGUUGGACACAGUAAUGCAGUCAAUCGAAAAUGAACUCGUCUCGUUGGAUUGUGAGUUAGCCGAUUUGGUGGAGACACAUGGCACGGCACGUGAUGACGGUGAUAGAGCUCUUGCACAUGCUGCGAUGAGUGAGCUUGAGCAACGUAUCGAAGCCAUUCAUCUGAAGACGCAAUCCUCAGAGACAGUCGUACAAGAGAUGACUCGGGAUAUAAAACAGCUUGAUGUUGCUAAACGUAAUCUUACGGCAUCCAUCAAAACACUUCACCAUUUGCAUAUUCUGCUUACUGGUGUUCACUCUCUUGGUACAUGGAUUGAACAGCGUCGAUAUGGAGAUAUAGCAUCGCAGUUACCUGCCGUCUUAAAUGUAUUGCAGCUUUUCAAUUCAUACAUGGAUGUGGAACAGAUUAAGAAUAUUUCUGAACAAUUGGAACGUUUAAAGCAAAAACUCGCGAUCCAACUCGUUACCGAUCUCAAACACACUUUCCAGGCUGGCUCGUUGAAUUCAUCCGUAACGGAUAUGUGCCGAGUUGCAUCGUCGUUGGAUAACGGUGUGCGAUCGGACUUUUGCAAAUGGUUUAUUGAGCAUCAACUGUCCGAAUAUGCAGUUUUGUAUGGGGAAAGUGAGAGUAUUGCAUGGAUUGACAAAAUUGAUAUGAGGUAUCGUUGGUUUGUUCAGAAACUGACUGAAUUUGAACGCUCCGGAAUGGCGAAGAUAUUCCCACCGGACUGGGAAAUGGGCAGACGACUUACACUUGAAUACUGCAAUAUGACAAGGGAAAUGUUGGAGAGAAUGAUGCGUCGAAGACGCGCUGAAUUGGAAUUCAAAGUUUUAGCGCAUGCUAUUAAUCACACAAUUAUGUUCGAAAGUUUGUUAUGCAAACGAUUUCCAGCUAAGGAAGGAUUCAAUUUUGAUAAGAUAAUCUGGCGUGUAUUUGACAAUUAUAUGGAUGUGUUGGUCGUUGCUCAGAAGAAGAAUCUUGACAAUUUCAUCGAAGGUUGCAUAACGAAGAUACGGAACGGCACUGAACGACCCACAAGAGAGUCCGCACCGAGCGCAUAUCCACUGCCAUCAUCGGCUGAUAUGUUUCUGUUGUUGAAGAAAAUCAUCGCGGAAUCGUCAAAACUCAGUUCCAAUCCUAGCGUGCUUCUUAAGUUCGUUUUUUUCUUUUUUUCUAUGUUACCACGCUUCAUCAUUUCGAUAUUU